AUGGCAGAAGGCCAGCCACACCUAAGUAUUCAGAUGUCAGACUUGGAUACAAAUGGCAUCCCCAGCAGAAAGCAGUCCUCUCCAGACUUAGCCAGCAGGGGAGGAAGCAUGCUAACUUUCCACAACAUCUGCUACCAUGUGAAGUUGAAGACUGGGUUCCUGUGUUGUCAAAAAACAGCUGAUAAAGAAGUUUUGAGAGACGUCAAUGGCAUCAUGAGACCAGGACUGAAUGCAAUUUUGGGACCCACCGGCAGUGGUAAAUCUUUUCUACUUGACAUUUUGGCCGCAAGGAAGGAUCCCCAUGGGCUUUCUGGUGACAUUUUGAUCAAUGGAGCUCCUCAGCCUGCCAACUUUAAAUGUACCUCUGGAUAUGUAGUACAGGAUGAUGUGGUGAUGGGAACCCUGACUGUAAGAGAAAAUUUGAAGUUCUCAGCAGCACUCCGUUUGCCAAAGUCAGUGAAGGAACAGGAAAAAAAUGAACGAGUGAACCAGAUUAUCAAGGAACUCGGUUUGAGCAAAGUGGCAGAUUCCAAGGUUGGCACCCAGUUCACUCGUGGGGUGUCUGGAGGAGAGCGUAAAAGGACCAGUAUUGGGAUGGAGCUCAUCACAGAUCCUGCCAUCUUGUUCUUGGAUGAGCCAACUACAGGACUGGAUGCCAGCACUGCUAAUGCUGUCCUACUGCUACUGAAAAGGAUGGCAAAACAAGGAAAAAUAAUAAUCUUCUCCAUCCACCAGCCUCGGUACUCCAUAUUCCGACUGUUUGACAACCUGACGCUGCUGGCUGCAGGGAGAGUGCUGUACCACGGGCCUGCUCAGCACGCCAUUGAGUACUUCCAGUCUAUCGGCUACGAAUGUGAGCCGUACAACAACCCUGCCGACUUUUUCCUGGACGUCAUUAAUGGAGACUCCACUGCAGUGGCAAUGAGCAAGACCAAUGAAACUAACACAGAGAGCACUGAAGAAUGGACUGAAUAUGAUAAAACGUUGGCUGAGAAGUUAGCAGAAAAAUACUCCAACUCUGCCUACUACCGAGAAACAAAAGCAGUAUUAGAGGAUAUUUCUUUGGGAAAUAAAAAGAAAACAAAAGCAGUGUUCCGACAAAUCACGUAUGCCAAUUCCUUCCUUCAUCAGCUGAAAUGGGUGUCCAAGCGCACAUUUAAAAAUCUGGUAGGAAACCCUCAAGCCUCCAUAGCUCAGCUGUGUGUUGCGGCUUUCCUGGGACUGGUUGUAGGUGCCAUUUUCUUUGGACUUAAAAAGGACUCCGCUGGACUACAGAACAGAGUGGGUGCCAUGUUCUUUCUGACCACCAACCAGUGUUUCAGCAGCAUCUCAGCUAUUGAACUCUUUGUUGCGGAAAAAAAGAUAUUUAUACAUGAAUAUAUCAGCGGGUACUACGGAACAUCCCCGUAUUUAAUCUCAAAGCUAAUGGCUGAUUUAAUACCCAUGAGGACUAUACCAAGCAUCAUCUUCACCUGUAUAAUUUACUUCAUGUUAGGUUUGAAACCAACAGUAGAAGCCUUCUUUACAAUGAUGUUUACCCUUAUGAUGGUGUCCUACACAGCGACUUCCAUGGCACUAGCCAUUGCAGCAGGACAGAGCGUGGUCGCUGUAGCAAACCUGCUCACGACUAUCACAUUUGUUUUUAUGAUUAUUUUCUCCGGGUUGCUGGUCAAUCUCACAAGCAUCAUGUCCUGGCUCUCCUGGCUCAAAUACUUUAGCAUCCCUCGAUAUGGAAUGACAGCUUUACAAAUCAAUGAAUUGACUGGUCUGAACUUUUGCAGCAGCAGUAACAACACGAAUUUAAUUAGCAACAAUAACUAUGAACAGAUAAGUGGGCCGUGGUGUACUGGAGAUGAAUAUCUGAAAACUCAAGGUAUUGAUGCAAGUAGCUGGGGCCUGUGGCAGAACCACCUGGCUCUGGCCUGCAUGACAGUAAUGUUCCUUGCCAUUGCAUUCCUGAAACUGCACUUCAUGAAGAAGUUCUCUUAA